AUGCUUAAAAAGCUCUUCACUGUUGGGAUUAAGGUAUAUUAAAUAACUCUAGUGAUAUUGAUUUUUAUAAAGAAAAAAGUAAAUAACAAGAUAUGAUAUUUUAAGUUUGUCUGCUAGAAAAAUUGGGAAGAAAUUAAGAAGCUAUUGCUUGUCGAAUGUAAGGAAUCUAAAAUAAUAAAAAUAAUCCAGUGUUUUAUGAGAUGCUUGGUACUUUACUUAAUAGAUUAAAUAGCUAAAUAUUAUCAAAAAUAAAAUCGAAUUCUUGAAUCCAUAAAAUUUCUUGAUUAAGGGAUAAAAAUUGAUAAUUGUUCUGAUAAUUUUUAAUUAUUGAUCAUGAAAUGUUUUUAUUUAUAAAAUAAUUUAGGCAAAUCCUUAUUUGAGUUGAAAUAAUUUAGAGAAGCAUUAAAAUAUAAUCGUCUUUCGGAGAGUUAUGGUUUCUUGAGAAGAAAGUUCAAAAAUAGUUUAUGA